AUUGUUUUUGGAAGAAAAUAGAACACAUUACUCUCGUCCUCUACCCUCUUCCCUGAGCCCAGAAAUAAUUUAUUAACACCAAACCCACAUCCACCGUCUGGCAUUAGACUUCCGUUAAUUUUUCAUGGGUAAUGUAGUUCUUGGCGGUUAUUGGUCCAAAACGCCACGCGCGGAACUUUGUGUGUGCGUCUUAUCCUGGUCCCAUCCUCUACAACCGGUUCAGGAUUACCUCGUCCAGUUUUGGCACGAACUUUCACAUUUAUCAUCCCUCACUCAGCUAACAGAGUUAACAGUGUGCCCAACGUUACAUAUGCUGACUAGUCAGUUUCUUCUUCGGUGUUGUGGCUAUGGAAGGACGGUGUGCUGUUGAGACUUGGGCAGAAUUAGGCUUUUCAGGAACAUCAUGCACAACGAAGGUCAAGUUUGGUUUUGGGACAGAUGUGUUUCUCUGCAGUGGCAGCGACGAAGUGUAUGUUUUCAGCACUCAAGAGAGAAAACUCACGGCUGUCCUCCAGUUUUCCGGUCCUGUGAGUGACCUGGUUGAGAGUCAUGACAAGCAGCUCCUCUAUGUAGCCUGUGGGAGCGGAGUUUAUUGUGUCAGUUUACAAUUUCUGCAAUCCAGAGCUCACAGCUCCCCAGCUAAUGCAUCCUCCAGCCCAACUGAGCUGAAAAUCCCUUCUGAGUUUCUUGUUGUUCCAGAAGAAGGAGUGUUAUCGCUGCUCCUUGUCGGCUCUCUGCUCCUGACUGUUUCCCAGAGAGACGCGUCCUGGAUGUUGACUCUGUACAAUUCUCCAAACCAGUCAGAGUCCAGCAGCUAUGAGAUGCUCAGUUCUUUCAGUCUACCACUGGUCUCUGGUGUUGUACACGCAGGAAUGAGGAGGCCUGCGCUGAUUUGUGUCCAUUCUAGUGAUACAACCCCACCAUCUUCCUACUCCACUUCUUCAUCAGAGGCAAUGUUAACUAACGGCCACGUGCGCCUUGAGCCGGUCCUCUUUAAACUUCUGUUUGGGAUAGACGCCGCCCUCGCCAAAUCCCCAGUAAUUCUUUGUGGCCUGCCAGACGGGUGCCUGUGUUUCCUCCCUCUGCGUCCCCCAGGAUCACGGCUCCGAGUCCUGCAUAGCCUUGAGCAGCCAGUCGUAUUUGUUGGCGCAUCUGUUGUCAUGGAAACGGGUCCGGGCCAUGCACAGUGUUUGGUGGCAGUGGGUGAACUAGGGAGAGUGGUGCUGAUCAAAACAGACAAGGGAGGGCCAGAGGGAGGGGGCAACAUAGCUGGUUUUAUUGAGAGGUGUGUACCGGGGCCUGUGAUGUGUGGCUGCGUGGAUACAAACUGUCUUUACUACAGCACUGGGUCAGACCUGCUGGGCCUGGAUCUAUCGGAGAGAUCAUCUGGGAGAGAAGGCCAAGAAAGGGUUGAGGAGACAGGCGCUGCUCUCCAAAGCCCCAUCAGCUUAAAUGUGUGUAGAGUCAUCGCCUUGGCUGAGCCUACAUGCAACACUGAAGUUCAGCUGCUGGGGCUGUCUGCCAGCGGGCAGCUCCAGAGGAUUACCUUACCUGUGGGGAGAGAGGAUGCAAGAUUGUCCAAGGUGCCUUCCACACAUGUGGGCCGCAGCAUCAGGGACAUCCUGUCUGCUAUCGGGGAUGUUUGUGAUAGAGCAUCAGCGUUGAAAAUUGCAAUCAAAUCCAAAAACCAAAUCCUGAGGCACCUGAAUCAGGUGCUUAACAUCAGCUUCCUGCUGAUAGCCAGUACAAAUAGUGAAGAGCAUCUUCCAAUCCAGGAGAAGCCAAUCAGAUGUCAUGCCAUGACCAAGUGGAGCAGAUUGCUUCAAAAAGACUCCCUGAACCUGACAUGUGUCCUGGAUAAUUCAAGUCCUUAUGUUUUGGAACGAGGCUGGACACUGAGCAUCACUGUCUUUCCUCUGUCCUAUUCUCCCAGCGCAGGGGGGGGGGGCUCCACCACAAAUUUUUCAUUCCCAUUCCCCAAUCUCCAUCCAGGGGAAACGUUAGAAGUAUCACUGCCCUUAGCAGCUGCAGGCGACGCAACCUUCCCUAUGACCGUAAGCUGCUCACUCAUCUUCUCACUCUCAAGUCUCCUGGGAGAGGAGGCAGCAAACCUUCCUGGUUCGCAGAGUAGCUGCUUUAGUUUGCCCUUGAACACACUGACAGUGGAUUGGUUGCACGCCCUGCAGGUGAACAGUCCCACAGCUACCCAUAAAAAGGCCACAUCUCAAUCCAACAACACCACAGCAGAUACCAUCCAAGCUUUUGUAAGCUCACGCCGGAUGAGGUGCAGUGGAAGAGGGGAGGGAGGAGGAGAGGGUGCUUCAAACCCUGAGCGAGAGCAGUAUUCAGCAAGUGUACGGGUGUCAUCAGAGUUACUGAGGGAUACGCUGGUGUUGAAAAGCUCAGAUUUGGACCCUCAGGGGCCAAAGUUGGCUCCUCAAAAUGUAAGCCUUUCUCUACUGGAAUGGUUGUUGUCUGAAGGUCCUGGAGGAGUGAAGACGGGACACCAAGGAGACAAGAUUGCACUCAGCAGCUCAGUGGUCCAUGCUCGAGGUCCAAACGGACACACAGUCAAGCUGACUGCAAAAGAGAUGAGUGCUUUUGUUCUCCAGGUAAAUGUAGGGGAGGAGAGCGUGGGGAAGGAGGAGUCCCUGACAACAGUGGAGGUUCAAGUCGAGAGCUCAUCUAUAGCAGCAGUGUGCGGCCUGCACCAUGCUGUGCUGCGCCGGGUACAGACUCUGUUGCAGAGGGCUCCUGAGAGGGCUGCUUGCACACAGAGGGUCCAGAGUUUAGGUUUAAGACAGGCACUGCAGCGGGCCGAGCACCUGCUGCAGCAGAUCCAGCAAUGUCGAGUCUCAGGGGCGUUUGGCGUGGGCGUGUCCACAGGGCAGAUGACCCGAUCUCUUCUCAGCGUUUACAGAGAACUCAGAGAAAACCCUUUCUUUAUAAUUUAACUAUUUUUUGUUCUGUGUUAUGUAACCUGUCUUUGAAGCUGACUGAAAAAAUAAUAUCCAUAAUAGUGAUUGCUAUUUUAAAUGUACUUUUGUAUCACUGUAAAUGGCUGUUAACCAUUUUAUAUUCUACACAAAGAAGAAUUUGCGGCAUUGAAGAAUAUUUGCUCAUGUAUAAGAGAGCGAUUAUUUGGUUCCAGUCACAUGACAAUAAAUUAAAUCAAGACUUA